CGAUCAUUUUCAACGUUUUCAAAUGACAAACAGUGUUAGUUUUACUUUGAAAAUAUUCUAAGCGGAAGUCCUUGUAGCUAUGUUGACUGGACACGUAUUUGUUUGCUAAUGAUAACUUGCGUUUAAAGUUGUUUGGAAGGUUUAAAUGUUAACUUAUGAAGCACUUAGUGGAGUGUAGAGGAUGUUACAUCCGCCCUCUUCUGCUAGCCUACCUCGGAGCUCAUCUGGCUGAACUAUUAAAACACUAAUACUGACGACACACACACCCGGCACCUGCGAUGUAAAGUUGUCAAAGAGUUCCUGAGUUUGGCUUCAGAUCUGGGGACAGAUUUGUUUUUUAUUGGAUUUUUAUCUUGAAAGACAUGAGCGAAUGUGAUUAGUCCUUCAGUUUAUUGACUUUAUAAUUAUUCAGCAUGUUUCACCUGCAUGGAAAUCUCCUAAACCACACGUAACAGCAUCUGCACUUGCUGCUGCUGUGGUCACGUCGGCAGAGUCAUGGGUUUGUGUACAGCCCUCAAAAAGGUUUCACGAAGGGGCAAAAUUGUUGUGCUGGUUGGUCUCCUGUUGUCGGUGCUGGCUUGGAAAGCCACCAUUUCUGGAGAGACUGAUACAACUGUUCAUGUUAACUCUGCUUCCACUCAAACUCUUGUUAGAGAAGAAAAACUGAGGGAGAAACUCAACACAUGGACUGUAGCACCCAGUUACUCAAACAUUUUGGCAGAAAAAGUCGAUUGUCCAGAGGAAUCUCCAUUGCUAGUGGGAGCUUCGAAGCUGUCCUUUGAAUCUUCGCUGAAUCUUAAGGAUGUAGAGAAUGAAAACAAAGGAUUGACUAAAGGAGAGUAUGAGCCCUCAGACUGUAAAGCCAUGCACAGUGUAGCCAUCCUCAUCCCACAUCGCAACCGGGAGAAACACCUCCUCUACCUCCUGCAAAACCUGCACCCCUUUCUGCAGCGGCAGCAACUUCACUACGCCAUCUACGUCAUCCAUCAGGCUGGUGAUGCAACUUUUAACCGAGCAAAGUUACUUAAUGUUGGAUAUUUGGAGGCAAUUAAGGACUUUAGCUGGGAAUGCUUUAUUUUCCAUGAUGUGGACCUGGUUCCUGAGAAUGAUCACAAUUUAUACAUCUGUGACCAGCAGCCCAAACACUUGGUGGUCGGCCGCAAUGUUACAGGUUACAAGCUCCGUUACAAAGGCUACUUUGGUGGAGUCACUGCCAUGACGAAAGACCAGUUCUUUCAAGUAAAUGGAUUCUCUAACAGCUACUGGGGAUGGGGUGGGGAAGAUGACGACCUUAGGGUUAGGGUUGAACUUCAGAAAAUGAAGAUUUUGCGCCCCCCUGCUGAUGUAGCACGCUAUACCAUGGUGUUUCACAAACGAGACAGUGGAAAUCAGGUUAACAGAAACAGGAUGAAUUUAUUAGGACAAACGACAAAGAUGUGGAGAACUGAUGGACUCAACAGCUGCAAAUAUGAGACUUUAUCAGUUGCGAGGUAUCCUCUCUAUGUGAAUAUUACUGUGGACAUCGGUCGGCUGUAAAGUUGAGGUCUCAGAAAGGGAACAAGUCCUUCUCGAUGAAGUCAAGACCACCGUGUGCUGAAACUUUUUGCCAAACAAACUAAAUGUCCUUUGUUAGUACGUUCAGGUGAAAUUCCAGAUAUUUUACAUAGUUUUGCAUAUCAUUCCAUGCUUUAUUUGUAGAUGUUGUUAGGAAUUUAAUCUACAUUUAACGAAUGAUUACCUUUAGAAGUCAUUUUAGUUGUCUAAAUGUUUUUUUCUGAAUCAUCGUUACUACCUGUCAGGCACAUAAGCCUUAUUAAUUGCCUGUAUUCCCACUACCACUUUAUACUGACUUAGUCCUUGUUUCAUCAGCUAAGAAGCUUUGACUAGUUGGGGUAUGAGCAAACAAAGUCUAAAUUUGUUUCUCUGGUAACAGGACGAUAAAUAGAUCAAGAUGCCAGGAUGCCAUUUUUGUUAGAACGAGAUUACACUGUGAGGCAAGCAUUGUUGAACAGAUUACCUUACAAUGUCAUAAUGAUUGGACUAGUUUAUGUUUAUGCAUCCUUUUUUGGAUGAAUUGAUGCCCUUAAUAUCUUAUACAAAAAGUACCACACAUUCAUCACCUAACCGGACAGUUUACAGUGCCAUACAAAGGUAAAAAUUCCCCUUUGAACCUUUUCACGUUUUAUCAAGUGACAAGCGCAGAGUUAAAAGGUUUCUGGGAGGAUUUUCUGUGAUAGAACAACACAAAGCAGUGCAUGAUUCUGCAGUGGAAUGAUUUUCAAAGUGUUUUGGUAAUUGCGUCCUGCAUUUAUAUUUCCUGAGCUUCAAGAUUUUCUGGGCUGUGUGUCUACAGACAAAAAAUUGUGUUCCUUUUUUUGUGUAAAAUAGCUGAAGUUUAGUCGUAUCGGAUGGGGAUUGUCUGUGAAGAUCAAUUAUCAAGUGUUGCCACAGCUUCUUAAGAAGAUUUAGGUGUUGACCAACCUAAUACCUGAAUAUGCUUUAAUCUUUACCAUUCCAUUGUAGCUCUGGCAGUAUUUUUAUAGUUGUUUUUUUGCUGGAAGGGGAUCCCCCGCUCCAGACUCAAGCCUUAUGCAGCCUCUGACAUGUUUUCUUCCAGGUUUUCAUUCUGCC